GUGAUGCUGAAGGAUAUUCGUGAUUCGCGUCGUGUCAGUGCCCUCAUUGCUGACACCGCAAGGGUGGAGGAUGGGAAUGGUGCUGAGGCCGCGACCCAGGAACACAAUCCUACGUACUUUCCCUUACAAGCCUACAUCCUCUCGGGUGAGUACUGGCCUGAGUUCCAUCAUGAGCAAUUCAAACUCCCAGAGGGUCUCACUCCGACCUUCUCUCAGUUCACCUCGCAUUUCGAGAGAAUGAAGGGUAACCGAACCCUCGACUGGAUGGCCAAACUAGGGUUGGUGAAUGUCACCCUCGAACUUGGUGGGCAAAGCAUCACCAUGGACGUCAGUCCUCUCCAAGCCUCUAUUCUCCACCUCUUCACUCUUAAGCCACUUUGGAAUCUAUGUGACAUCAGUCAGCAAUUAGAAACGACUACGUCAGCAGUACGACGAAGCCUGCAGCCCUUUGUACAACGAAGUCUGAUAAAGUGGACCUCUGGGGACAUUGAAACCUACUGCGUAUGCAAUGACGUAAUGAAGGCGGAAGUUGAGGUCGGUGAGGAUCAUAAUGAAAGCAUAAACGUCAGUGUUGCAGAACAGGAGGGUCCACACGACAUGGAAACGUCACCAGUCCGCGAAACUGCAGGCACAGAUCCGCAGGUGUUCUGGUCUUAUAUUCUGGGCAUGCUAACCAAUUUAGGUGGUAUGACGAUGGAUAGGAUUCAUUCGACUCUGCGGAUGUUUGCUCUUGGAUCUAAUGAUGGUGUGGAGUGCACAAGACAGCAUUUGCGGCAGUUUCUGGAAAGAAAAGUUCGAAAUGUUGAUAUUAAGAAAACCUCUCCUCUUGAGUUUGAUUUUCGUGCAAAGUUCUUUCCGGAAGAUGCCUCACAAGAACUGAUACAGGAAAUCACUCAGCGCCUUUUCUUUCUUCAGGUAAAGGAGGCUAUUCUGAAGGACAAGUUGCCUUGCCCUCCGGAGACCGCCGUGCUCCUCGCCUCCUACGCCUGUCAGGCGAAGUACGGAGACUAUGAUGUGGCCCGCUUUGCUAAGCACCCUAUCCCCAUUGAUCGACUACUCUCGCCCAAGUACGUUUCGUUCCUCGCCCUCUGUUCGUGUGUCGAAUCGCAAAUUGACACAUUAAUAGACUGA